GUCGAGGCUGCACGCGCCGCCGCAGACAGUGGUGAUUUUGCGCUGUAUAUCAGCGCGCAGGGCGGGGCAAAUGUUCCGCGCGAUUGUCAGACUGUCAGGGUUGCCCGUAGUCCGUCGGAUGAAGUUAACGAGUACGAGGAAGAAGUCGAGAGAGUGGUCGGCAUUUACGCGCCGCAUCUCGGCGCGCGUCAUAUUCAUAUCACCAGAACGACGGACUGGCGCAUUGUUCCGAAAGUGCCGGUCGUUGAGCCUUUGACUUUAAAAAGCGGCAUCGCCGCGCCUCGGAGUCCUGUCAAUAACUGUGGAAAGCUCACCGGUGGUGAUACUUCGUUACCGGCCCCCACACCUUCUGAACACGCCGCAGCAGUGCUUAAUCUGGUUGAUGACGGUGUUAUCGAAUGGAAUGACCCGGAGGUCGUGAGGGCGCUCAGGGGCGCAUUAAAACACGGACAGAGAAGACCAAACUGUCAGCAAAGAAACGGAAGCACGUUAAAACCGCAUGAAAUUGCGCCAUCGGCCAGACUGACCCGGUCGGAACGAAUGCAAAUCACCCGUAUCCGCGUUGACCUUGCUCAGAACGGUAUCAGGCCGCAGCGAUGGGAGCUUGAGGCGCUGGCGCGUGGCGCGACUGUAAAUUAUGACGGGAAAAAAUUCACGUAUCCGGUCGCUGAUGAGUGGCCGGGAUUCUCAACACGCGGGGACACGUUGAUUUUGCAUGAAUGGGUGCAGGGUGUGUAUACGGGGCGAAAGGUUGAAGCCCGGAUAACAGAUGUUACUGACCUGUCAGACUGGCUGGAAGAUUAUGUCUUGCUGAGUAUUGAGCAGCUUAAUACAGGCGCAUAUGAGAUUGUGAACUGGAAAGAACUUAGUGAGCGUGGUCUGGUAUUCAGAAUUAAUCAUGAAAUUAUGCAUCAGCUCGGCCUUGCUGUUAUGUAUGAACCAGAGACGGGGAUGUCUGGCGGGGCAAUGGUUGCCACGGAUGGAGCAUGGAACUAUUCAGAUGAACAGAUUGAGCGUGCAAAGCAAAACGGGUGGCUUGGAUAA